UCGAAGACAGUCCAUGGACUGUCUUUGUUUCGCUGCAGUGAAACAAAGACACGCUGAGAUAAUAUUCAAUUUUCUGAGGCACAAAUAAGUAAGGAUGCCAAACUGAGGAAGGAAAAGGAAAGUAAGACCAUGGAGGGUGACAUCUCAGGCCGGGAAGAAGAGACAUUUACUGACAUCUCGCUGGCAGACGACAGAGCGCCCCCUUGGAUGAAAGUAGUGACUGCCACGCUGAGGUCAAUUACAGGAAUCCACCUCACAUUCUUCCGUCGUCAUCAUCGCUGUGUGCGCUCAUAACAACACUCCGUGUGUCGGAGAGUACGCAGUCUUGAAUUGGAUGGUCAAUGGUGUAUUUGCAACAUGGUGAAGUCCAGGGAGUGGUCCAAGAAGUCAAAAGAGGAGUGGACAGCAGACCUGCAGCCCUGUAUACUAAGCCGGAGAACGAGCUUUUUAUCAUGAACUGUGAUAUAGAUGGGGACAUGGAAAACCAGGUGGAGAUGGAGGAGAAGACGAGGCUUAUAAAUCAGGUGUUAGAGCUUCAGCAUACACUUGAAGAUCUUUCAGCGCGCGUGGAUGCAGUGAAAGAGGAGAACUUGAAGUUAAAGUCGGAGAACCAGGUCCUCGGGCAAUACAUUGAGAACCUCAUGUCUGCGUCCAGCGUCUUUCAGACCACCGACACCAAGAGCAAACGGAAAUGAGGACAUCCUGUCUCCUCCUACCACCUGACAUGUCGGUGUGCUGCCUGAGCAAACCUGAAUCCAUCACGAAAACUAUUGACGCUUUUAAAAAAUUAUUUAUUGUCCUGUUUGUAAGUCAUGUCCGCACAUUGCAUGAUCUUGUUUUGUUCUACUGCCAAGUUGUUCCUGUAAAAUGGUUAUUAUUGUUAUGGCAUGUACACCUAAUUGUCACUUUUGUUAAUUAACAAUAGUCUUCAAAUAAAACUGUAUUAAUAAGUUGUCUGUUUUUAACCAUGCUGGAUACAAAAUAAAUGAGUGAAGUGCUGAAUAUAUUUUAAGAGACAGGAAGUAGGGAGGAGAUGCUUUCUACUGUGAGGCUGCCAGAAUAAAAGUAUUAUUGAUUAUUAUGGAUACAAUCAAGGCUGCCUGCAAACGAGAGGGAAGGUGCUUAGAAAAAAGGUGUGUCCAUUAAAAACAAGCAAGAACACUCCAAAAUUGUACUUUUUGUCCAAAUAUUUUUUUACUUUGUGUGUUAGUAAGAAUGGGCGUAGAAGGAUCGAUAGCUGGGAUUCGUUAAAUCAUUUUGAUAUUUUUAAGUUGUAGUAAAUGUUUUGAGUACAGUAGAUAUCCUGCACUGUUCCUUUUUUUUGUUUUUAAUAAAAGCUCAAGAUCCGUG